UGAUAUCUCUUUUUGCUGAGUCGGUGAAUUUGUUAUUGUUUAGUCUAGUCUUGCUGGAUCUUAUCAUUCUACGUUCUGUGUGUGUACUGUAACUUAUUUAUUCAUUCACAAGACUAGAGACAUUAUCGCUCAAAGAAGAAAAGCCAUUAGCAUAAAGAAUUGUCUCACAAUGACUACAAGCUUUUAGGAGGCCUCGUUGUGAAAAGGGUUUUCUUGGAAAAAUGGCAGGAAGUAUUCAGCUUCAAGACUUCCCUCCUGGUCCUCUUGAUGAGUAUCGGAAAAAAGCCUCGUUUGACUGGAAGAAACUAAAAAUUCUUAUUGAGGAUGAAGUCAUUUUGAAAACUAAGUUGGAGGUGUGGAAACGAAUGGAAGAAGACCCACUCUUCCACCAUUGGACUGAGACUCCGCCAUUAGAGGAACAAAGGAAGAUUGAAUCUUUGCGGAUGUUGAGGAUCAAACAGUGGAAUGUUUUGACGCUGGAGGAUGUGGUGGAAGAUAUAAGGAAGUUUGUCGCAGUGACAACAGUGCUGUUCAGCUAUUCCCCCUCGUUGGCCCUUAAGGUGCAACUGACAUUCAACAUGUUCCAAAACUCGAUGCUGGGGAUGGGCUCAGAGCGGCAUUUCAAGUUCUUUGAGGCAUGCGAGAAGAGUGAGCCGGAGGUUACCGGAUGUUUUGCUCUGACGGAGUUCUCCCAUGGGACAGACACCAAGUCAAUGCGGACAGAAGCUCGUUAUGAUCCUAAGACACAAACGUUCGUUCUAAACACUCCAGACUUUGAGGCAGCCAAGUGUUGGGUAGGCAGUCUUGGAAAAACUGCAACUUAUGCAAUUGUUUAUGCCCGGCUGAUCACUCCUGAUGGAAAAGAUCACGGGCUGCACGCGUUUGUUACUCCGAUCAGAAACCCACGCACUCUGAGGCCCUUCCCAGGUGUGCUGGCGGGGGAUAUGGGCGAGAAGGCGGGGCUCAACGGGGUUGACAACGGGUUCGUGAUGUUCAACCAUUACCACAUUCCACGUGAGAGUUUGUUGAACCGAGGGGGUGACGUGACAGCAGAUGGAAAAUAUAUCAGCCCGUAUAAGGACUCCAACAAAAGAUUCGGUGCCGCUCUCGGAAUGCUGUCCCAAGGAAGGGUUAGUAUUGUAUGCAUUUGUGUGGCAUACCUCAGCAAAGCCGUGCCCAUUGCCAUACGAUACUCGGCUGUCCGUAAACAGUUUGGAGCAAAGAAUCAGGAACUUCCAAUCAUAGAAUAUCAGUUGCAGCAAUGGAGGUUGCUACCAUACUUAGCGGCUACUUUUGCUAUCAAGAAUUUCAGCGACCAACUAUGUCGCAAGUUUGGAGAGUUUCAACUUCAGAUAAUGACUGGGCAAAACCAAGAAGAGGCAGCUGGGCUGGGGACAGAGUUCCACGUCAUCUCCAGUGCUGCCAAACCUCUGGCCGGCUGGAUUGCUCGAGACGCCAUCCAGGAGUGCAGAGAGGCCUGUGGUGGUCAUGGUUAUCUCAAAUGUGCAGGACUUAGUGACAUCAGGAACGACCACGAUGCCAACUGUACCUACGAAGGAGACAACAAUGUGUUGGUACAGCAGACGAGCAACUGGCUGGUCACUCAGUGGUCACAGAAGAACCUGUCUGUGUACGACACACCCAUGGGGUCUGUGGCAUUCAUGCGUAACGCCCCGGUCAUCCUCCAGUCUCGGUGGACGGCUAACAGCUUCGAGGAGGUGUGCGAUUUACAGGUGUUGCUGAAAGCGUACCAAUGGCUGAUAUGUUACCUGACCCAGAGUACCUUUGAGCGACUGAAGACACAAAAGGCACAAGGCAAGGACGCCUUUACUGCCAAGAACGACUCUCAGGUGUUCUUUGCUAGAACGCUCAGCAUCGCUUAUGUAGAGCACUACAUAUUGUGGAAGUUCUCCGAGCGGGUCGACAGCCAAGCGGAAGACCCGAGCAUUCAACAAGUGUUGAAAAAGUUGGCAGCACUGUACGGUGUGUGGAGCUUGGAGAGACAUUUGGCAACACUGUACCAAGGAGGGUACGCGGUAGGACCGCAGCCAGUUGUGUUGCUGCGGGAAGCAAUUCUGCAGCUCUGCAGUCAGUUGAAGCCAGAAGCAGUUGCGCUGGCUGAUGUCAUUGCACCACCAGACUUCAUCCUCAACUCUGUUCUCGGUCGGUCGGACGGAAAUGUGUACAAGAAUCUUCAGUCAUCAUUGUUCCAAAACAAGAACACUUUUGAACGGCCGUCUUGGUGGACAGAGAUCACAAAGUUUACUUCACGAGCUAAACUUUAGUACAAAAGUAUACUUGCAGCUAUUCUCUUCUCGUAAAAUGUUCUUCCAUUGUUAUGUCUAAUACUAGAAAGAAAAAGUUUUACACCUGAGUUUUUACAAAUAUAUUUAGAGAUAUUCAAAGAGGUUAAAGUUAACAAAUACAGAAGUUGUUUGUUUUCAUACUUUUUUAGUGAAAGGUAAAACCAACUACAUUCUAUUUUAGUAAAUGCCUCAGGUUCAUACGAUAGAAAGAAAUAAUAUUAGAACAAAUAUUGCUGUUAGUUAUAGUUUUUAAUCAACAAUUAGUUUUAGUAUUUUGUUAGUUUACCCAUACAAUCAGGUGAUUUGUUGCCAAAUUGGAAUUACGAGCUUUAUUUUAGGUUAGGUAGGAGCUAUUAUUUCAAGAGUAAGUGUAGAUUUUGGUAGGCAUGAGUAGUUGGUGGGGAUAGACAUAUGUUGAGUACAUAUAAACUAUCAAAUAUUUUAUUUGGGGUGAUCCAAAUUCAGUUUUCCAUUUAAAAAAGAAAGAACUCAUACUACUAUACAUUUUCUUAAAUAUUAUUUGAUUAACAUUACCUUUGACAUUUUUAAUUAAUAGUACUAAAAAAGCACCUGAAAAUGGCCACCACUGGACCACCCACUGCAGUUAAUUCUAUCGAGGAAGUUUUUUAAUGAUUUUCAGCCUUCAGGUUUUCUUUUUUCUUUAACUUGGCAAAUGUUUGCUUUCAGUUGUUCCAACAAUGAUCUCACAAAAUAACAUGAAGAUUUUCAUCGUUCCAUAUUCGUAAAUUCUGUUUAUAAACAUAACCAGAGAUAAUGAAACUUGCUUCUUCAGAGUAGAAGAUAUUCUUUGACAAAUCAAUCAAUCAACCGUCUUUAUUUGUCUUUGUACAUAAAUACAAAAAAUUGUGUUAUAUGUACAUAAUAUGACAAUGCCUAUAUAUACACACACACCUAAUAUACUGUACCAUCUACAUAGUUUUAAGGAUCACCAAUCCCAGACAAACCUUGCUCCUAAUGCAAACUCACUAGUAGAGAAGACCUGAAGAGAGAAUAACUUCCUUCUUCUACAAAUCAGUUUCAACUUCCUGUUGUUUCAACGCCCAUUCUGGAUAAAUGCUUCACAGUCAGUGAUCACCGGUUUUCAGUUUUUGGGCUGUAACUGUUUGUAAGAAUGUAAUUGCAAAUCCUUAUGCAAAAUGUGCCUAAAGUUAACCGUAGAGAAAAAACCUAAUGUCUGAGAACAAAGACACUGAUCACUGUGGCUCUUUGUUCACAAUAACAGUCACAGCAGUAAUACAUUUGGAUAACCGAAUUCACAAUGAAAAACAGACCUUAUUUUAUCUUAAAUGGUUCCAGUUUCGGGAAAUUUCUUUUCAACAUCGUGAAAUUACACUCAUUAAAAUGGUCAGAUUGACAUUCAAAGAAUUCGUAAGAAAUUAUAUUUCUGCCGAGAAGUUGAACAGCUUUAACACAUUAAAUAAAACAUUCCAUUUCGUUAAUCUGCUAUGCACUGACAUUUUGAUGUAUUGCAAACAUGAAACAAAGAGCAGCUGUUCAAUCGUCAGUGUUGCCAAAAUAGGAAACUGAAAUUGAAUCACCCUUUACCAGAAAAAAGCUCAAAAUAUUAACAUUUACAAUAUGAAACAUGAAACAACUGUUAACAAAUAAACAAUUGAGAUCAACAAUGAAACAAUUAUGUGCAACAAUUGAAAACUGAUGUUAUAUGAACAAAGAAUAAAUUUAGGAUCUGUGUAAAAAAAAUGUUAUGGUGUACCAAUAAUUUUUGGAAUAUAAUUAAUUAAUACAUUUUCUCUACUUGAAGUUAUAUAAUGGAAUAUUGCAUGCCCUAGUUAUAUGUUUAGCUAAACAGUAUUUGGUUGGUUUUCAUGGCUGCCUUUUAGUUUUAAGUGAAGAAGUAAAACUGUAAAAACAUAUUUACAGAUAGCUUAACAACACAUUUUUCCAAGGAACUUUAAACUUAUCUUAAUGUUUUAUUCAUAAAAUUGUUCAUAUUAUUAACAUGAAAAUGCAAUAAAAUUAAUUGGGACUUGCAUUUUAUUCAAAUGAUUGUAUUAUGUUAAAGUACCAAUAUUUCAGUUCAAAGAACAUAAUCUUGUUCACAAUUUUGCAAUUAAAAUAUGUUUUAAAACUGUAUAAAAACUAGUGAUGUGUCAAAGUUAAAAUUCAAAUCCACGGAAUCUUAAGGAAAAUAUAUAAUUUAUACGUAAGCACUUCUUUAAAUUUUUACAUGGCUUAUUGGGAUUUUAGUUUAUUUCUCAUCAAAGGUUUCAUUUUGGCAAGGUGAUUGAUAAUUUUAUAAACUGGUAACCAUCACUGUUGAGAUUUUACUAAAAUAGCAAGUGAAAAAAUUAUCAUGAGAAUUUUUUUUAUUUUUUCUGUACAUUUAAGAGGAAGAAUUGAUUGUAAGAAAUUCUUAGAAAAAUCAAAACUCUUAGAUUUGACCAUCACUAGUUAAAGCCCCUUCUCCCUUAGACAUAUUUUGAUUACUGGAUAUUUUACAUGCCGUUUAUUUCCAAUGGAAAGUUUACAUCAAGUCCUUUGACUAUUUUAGAUGUUGCUCAAUUUGUUCAUUUAUGUACCUUAAAAGCUUCAUAAAGUGGCUAUUUUCUCAUUAUUUUUGCUCAAAGAAAUGAGUUUUGAUCUCUACUUAAUACGUAAAACUUUGAUCAAAUACACAAAUCAAAGCAAAGAACAUUUUGUCAUAAAAUAACCCUCAGGUAACUUAGUUAGACAAAACAUUUAUUUUGUCAUGCAUUAUUAAGAAAAUAAAUGUAAAAAUAAGUGUAUGUAAUAUGGUGUCUCUAUAUUACAAAACAUUAUUUUAUUAGUCAUGUCUAGAUUAAUUAGAAAUCACUUUAAGAAUAAAUUAUGUUUUUUCAAGCUUUUUAGAACACCCCUGCAGAAUAAAAUUUUAGUUGAUUCAGUUCUUACAAAAAAUGAAAUAGUGCUAACAAAUUAAGAAUAGAUUGUUGUUUGCAAAAGUUUUAUUUCUCUUUUCAAGUUUUCUUGUUUAAACCUUUAGAUUGUUUUUCCCUUUUUACUGUUGGUAUCAAGUUAAUGUUGAAGGUAUAUAUGUUAAAAGGGCGCUGCCUGAAUAAAUAACAAGAACUGGUUAAAGAAGUAAUUUGUGGUUCAUGAGCAAAAAAGUUAAUGUAUAUGCAUGAAACUAUUGGGCAGUAUUUAGUUGGAAUAUUAAUUCAAAUAAAUGGCUGUAAAGUUGUAUUUUAUAGUAAGAUUUAUCCACAAAUGUAUGUACUGUAGAAGACUUUGUACCUUGCAGUGUUAUUCAACUCAUAAUCAAAAGUUAUUCUCUAUAGGUGGCUGAAAUUAUGCUUUGGGUUUAGAACAAUGUGUGUCAUCUAGUUAAGUAAAUUAUAAGUUGUGUUUUUAUAUAUUUUAUUUCCUGUUAGUGGUUAAUUGAGAAUAAAAUCUGAAUACAGUGCCUUCA